UCCGGUUAUCUUUAUGUGGCUAAGCUAAUGUUAGCUUAGCAGCGUUAGCUCGGCCUGUCACUGCAGCUGUGUCGACCCUUCAGGUGAGUUUCUGUGAGAAACACCAUGCACUUCUAAAACAAUGUACCGGUGGAGGGAAACCAGUGCAGUUCUUCGUCUUUGCCCAGCCUGAUGAACAUGGAGAUGCCCCGGAAGCGCAAGGGCAGCAUCGACCAGGAUUCAAAAUCUGCUUCCAUCCCUGAAGACAUGGAGGACGACCCAAAUGGGUCAGAUGAGGAGGACCAACAUGCCAAAAUGAAAUGCCUCAGGGAACCACACAGCCAAAUUGAGAAGAGAAGACGGGACAAAAUGAACCAUCUCAUUGACAAACUGUCGGCCAUGAUACCUACUUGUAACCCCUUGUCAAGGAAGCUGGACAAACUCACUGUGCUCAGAAUGGCUGUGCAGCACCUCAAAUCUCUCAAAGGUUCAGGAGCAUCUUUUUUUGAAGCCAACUACAAACCAUCAUUCCUUCCUGAAGAGGAGCUCAAACACCUUGUCCUCAAGGCUGCAGAUGGGUUCCUCUUUGUAGUGGGCUGUGAUCGUGGGAAAAUAGUUUUUGUCUCAGAGUCCGUCACGAAGAUUUUAAAUUAUAGUCGGGUAGAGCUGAUUGGACAGAGCCUGUUUGAUUACAUACACCCAAAGGACAUUGGAAAAGUGAAGGAGCAGCUGUCCGCUUCCGAGUUAUACCCCCGUGAACGACUAAUAGACGCUAAAACUGGUCUGCAGGUACAGGCUGACCUUCCUGUCGGAGCGGCGCGGCUGUCUACGGGGGCACGCCGAUCGUUCUUCUGCCGCAUGAAGUACAACAAGAUUUUAGCCAAAGCGGUGGAGAAAGAAUUCCAAUCCAGCUCAUCCAAAAAGAAAGAGACACAGAAGUACUGCACUGUCCACUGCACAGGCUACAUGCGCAGCUGGCCCACCAGCCAGCUGGGAGCAGACGAGGGGGGGGAGGCAGAUAAGCAGGACAGCUCCCACUUCAGCUGCCUGGUGGCGGUGGGGCGCGUCCACUCCCACUCAGCCCCCCAGGUGAACGGAGAAGUGCGAGUUAAACCCACAGAGUUCACUACACGUUUUGCCAUGGACGGAAAAUUCACCUAUGUUGAUCAAAGGGCGACAACCAUUCUUGGUUAUCUUCCCCAAGAAUUACUUGGGACUUCAUGCUAUGAGUACUUCCAUCAAGAUGACUUAUUGCAUUUAGCUGACAGGCAUAGAAAAGUGCUACGAAGUAAAGAGAAAAUAGAGACAAACUGCUACAAGUUCAAAACGAAACAUGGCUCCUUCGUCACGCUGCAGAGUCACUGGUUUAGUUUUGUAAAUCCCUGGACCAAAGAAGUAGAAUACAUAGUGUCAACUAACACGGUUAUAUCGCACGAUCCCAGUCGAAGCAGUCAGUCAGGAAACAAGUGGGAACAGUCGAGCAAUUCUAAGACUUCUGAAGACGACAAGAAGUCCCUUCCAAUCAUACCAGGCGUCUCCUCUGCACCUGGAGCGAUGAUCUAUGCUGGAAGCAUCGGGACCCAGAUUGCUAAUGAGCUACUGGAUUUCAACAGGAUGAACUCGUCGCCCUCCAGUGGUAAUGUCAGCCCGUUCAGUUUAUCAUCAGACAAAUGUCCACAAAGUCACAAUCAAACCAGCAACAAUGUGCCAAAUGGAGAGGUGACAGACAUGGAGGUGCCAGGAAAGUCCAGCUCAGAAGAAGAGCAACAGGGAGCUGCGUUCUCAGGAGGAGACACACUCAUGGGGGAGAAUUCCCAGAUGGACUUGGACAGCAUGGUUGGACCAGGCCUGAGCAGUCUCAGCAAUGAUGAAGCAGCCAUGGCAGUUAUCAUGCGCCUCUUGGAGACGGACACAAACUUGAACGAGGCUGUGGAUUUUGAAGAGAUGCACUGGUCUCUAUAGAAAAUAUAAAAGUAUUUAAAGAAUCUUUUUUUUUUUUAUAACGGGAUCUCCUUGAAUGCUAACUCUUAAGAUGCAGCAUUCCUUUUUUCAAGGACUUGUUUAUUUAUUUGUGACUUUGUCCUCUUAAGCUGUGUAUUCUUCAUGUGGCUGCUCGAACUGUAGUGGGGAUUGGACGACAAUGAGGAACACACCCGCUUUCCCUCUUCAGAAGGAGGAUGUGCCUCUAAAAGCCUUGCAGCGGUCUGCCUGCCAAAACACUGAUCAUCACUGUUUUUUCCUCGUAUCAUCUGUCAUCCUCCGUUCAUCUGAAGAAGCCUCACUUGGUCCAAAAACGAAUGAACAAACGAGAGACAGUGCAGUGACAUUUUUUCUCCUCUUGUCUGUUUGGGGAUAAAAAAAAAAAAGAAAUGCACUGAAUUGAUUUAAUGUUUUUUUAAACUGCCGUACUUUGAUUAGGUACUGUACUUUAAUUAAAAUGCAAGGAAGACACCUUGAUAUCCUGGCCCGUCUCUGUGACCCCCUCAGGAUCCAAGCCGUUUGUAGCCAGUCUACCGCGGCAGACCACACUUCCAUAACCUCUUAACUUUGAAAGUCACCUCUUUUUUGUGCUGCUCAGAGAUUUCUCUCAACUUGUCAGUAUCUGAACAUUUUCCAUGAAAACAGUCCAGUAACCUCUUCUCUGGAAGACUUGAACACUGACUUAACAAUACUGUAUAUGUGUGGAUUUUGUACGCUCGCAAACACCAUGUCCUCAGGCCGAGUCUUUCUUACAGGGAGAGUUUGCAGAGAAAGAAUCUGUUCUGUUAGACCUUUCUCUCCUUUCAUUUCUCAUAGCUCUGAUCUGUGUCAUAUGUAGACUAAAUUAGCUGGAGAGCAGCUGUUUUGUAAUUAAACUUCUGUCUAUGUAGAAGCUCGGAGGUUAUACUUCAUGCAUUGUGACUCAGUGCUUUAAAGGUGCAGUAAAGGUGAUAGUCAGGUGGCAGGAAAACCCCAUUUCACGUCUGACAUUUGAAUACAUGUUUGAGGUAAAUGUCUUAAGUCUAGUGGUAGUAAUAACUCAGGAAGUGAUGGAAACAAGUCUUUUAACAUACAGUAACACGGUUUGUUGUAACUGAAGCAGUAUUUUGUCCCAGAGUUUAAGAGUAUAAAAGACAUCUCUAUAUUCUAUAUAUUCUAUAUUGUUUGGAAUCAUCUUGUAAAGAGUCGCUUACACUCACAUUCAGCUAUUCAAUCUCUAUCUUAAGCUUAUAGGUUUUAUUUUUCAAUGUACUGUAAUGCAAUGUGCAUGGUUGAUGUGCAGCAGUGGUCAAAGCAAUCGAACAUUAUCAUGCAAACAUUCAUGGCGUGUGCUAUGCAGAGCUAUCAUUCCAUUCAUUCUUUAUUUUAGUGGUAUGUUUUAGCUCCUCUCACAUCGUGUAUAAAGAAGGUAGAAGACAAAUUGCUGUUCUGUUGAGAACUUGAAUAAGUGACUGAACUGUAUGGAUGACUGCAAUUUCCCCCAUGUAGUUUAAUUGUUUUUAUUUUUUACACAGCUUGGAUUUUACAUACAAAAAUAUUGAUCCCCUUUAAGGUGAUUGGCUGGAAUAUGUUAGUCAUGUGACAGCCACAUGGCCUAAUGGGAUCAGUGUAAGGUCAAGUUUAGAAGAACCAAAGCAUGUCAAAUUAUUGUCACUGUGUUUUAAAAAAAGAUUGGCAUUGUAAGCCUUGUUCAUGCCAAAUAAUAAUAACAAUGAUGUAAUUAUAAUAAUUAUAUGAUUA